UCCAACAGUCCCGAACUUGUCCCCGUCGACGUGCGAACUCGUUAGGUCCUGCAACUGGUAGCUGGCAUAGCUCAGCUCAGCUACUUCCUGAUCUUGUCUCUUCCUAGACACAGGAAGAAAGAAAGAAAGGAAGACGCUACGGUGAAUUCAAUGUCUGAUAUCCCCUGGACGCGAGAAACACUUGUCCGCGUGAUUAAGCCAGAACACCGAUAAGAUCGAAGAAGCAAAGAACAAACGUCUAAAACAAUAGGGAUACCUCGCGUCUGAUCUCACGAGAGAGAUUUUUUUAAGGGGAAGGCAGAGUCAUCUUUAUUUAUAAGGAUCGUCGACUAAGAAAAGCUGCCAAGAGAGUAACUGUAAAUUAAUACAGGCAAGAAGAGGAUUUUCUAAUGUACCGGUGGUGAAAUUUAGAAGAAUACAACAGGUGCUUCAUCAUAGUGUGGACGUCGAUUUAGAGCCGGAAACAGAGUUCAUCCUUCCGUGAUGAAGCAGAGAUACUUCUUGUGCUUACUGUGGACCGCAUUGAUACUGCGGGGAGACAUCCUUGUGGCAGCUGAGGCCGAUCCUGCAAUUUUAAAUGGUGCUGACUUGCCCCAUCUUCAACAAGGCCGCAUCGUGAACGAUCCGCGACCUCGUCUCUCGGCUUCCCAACAAGCCCAGAUCCUGAGUGAUGUGCAGCAACACCAGCAACGAUACCGGCAACGUCCCGCUCAGGACUUCAAGAAUCCGCGGGCAAAUUUUCCCACGUUCGAACAAGCACAAUCCAGCACGCCGUUCUCCUCCCUGGCCAAAUACAAGGUUGAUCGAGCGAAGCAACAAUUGCAACAGUUACAGCAGCAGCAACAACAAGUGCAGCAGCUUCUGCAACAACAACAACAAAAGAUCGCCCAACAACUCGGUACCUCGAACUUCGUGAAUGGUGGUGAGAGCGGUAUACAAUCGCCGCAAUUCCAACGGCAACAAUAUCAGCAGCAACAGCAAUACAAUCAGUACAACCAGAACGGCUUCCAAAAUCUUCAGCAAGACUUGUCACAGCCACUGUUCAGCGAUCAACAGACGGUACAGUUACAGGACUAUCUCGAAAAGCAGCGUGAGCUGGAGUUGCUCCAGAAGCAGCGGCAGCAGCAGCGGCUUCAGCAACUUCAGAGGCUCACCUCCACUACGCCACCUCCACCUCCACCGACCACGACAUCAACCCCGAUUACCAUCAGCACCACUUCCGUGCCUUUGUUGCUGUCCUCGCCAACGGCGCGACGUAUCACACCGUCGGAAGCGGAGCUUUUUCUUAAAGCAAUUGCUAACCAUCAGAAGAAAUACACAACGACAGCAGCGAGUACAACUGCAACAGCUACUACCACCACUACUACACAGUCACCUCCGCCGGCCAGACGUUUGAUUACUUCUAAUACUCAUCGAGAGACGGAUAUACCGGAAAACCUGCUCAGCCUGGUCCAAGAGCAAGAGAGUCAACUGUUGCAGCAAGGCAAAUCGAAGCCGCAGAUCAAGAUAAUCUAUCAGACCGAAAAACCUAGCACGACGAAACAGAAUUCCGGCGGCAGAAGCAGGAGCUCUCAACCGUCCGAGCGGGAACUGUUGUUGAGGCAACUCAAACUCGCUCUAGCCCAGUCUGGCGAUGACGAUGACGUUGCUAGGAAUGUCACUACCAGGGAUCUGAUAUUGCCGAACGGCAAGAAAAUUCAGGUGAUCCACGCGCCAAAUGGCUUAUCUUCCAUUUCACCUAGUGGAAGUUCCACCAUUCUAACAUCGGCUGUGCCGUCCUCGACGACCACCAUCAAGCCUCCAAAAGCGCUCUUCGAGGAGUUGACGAAGGAUGGCGUACUGCCACCGGGCGCCGAUUUUGAAGUCAUCCGACAGAAAAGCGAUGGCAAGCUCGAGGAGGUCGGCAAGACACCGAUCAUCCAGAAUCUACCGGCGAAAAAAGUCACGUUCGUCCUGCUGGAGGAGCAGCCGGACGGUAGUUACAAAGUGCAAGGUGUCAAGGGUAAUGCCAACGACAAGGAGAGCGGCAGUGACGUCGAAUCUAUCGUCGAGAAGAUCAAAAAAGGCGAACUGAAGCUACCACCCAGCUCGCUUGGACCGACCACGCAGUCUUCCACGCUAGAACAUCUCGAAUCCAACUUCGAUCCAAAUCUGAUAGUGUCCACUGGUACGUCGAGGACGCCGGUAUCAUCUGUUCACUCCAUCAGCACGACGGCGGCGACCUUCAGACCCACUACCGUCAGAUCUACUUCGACCAGAUACAGCGAAAGCAAAUCGACAACGGAAUAUGUUCCUUACGUCACGGUAUCGCCGAACUCGGUGUCUACGACUGACAAAUACGUGACCUCGGCGUCCAGCGUCACGGGCCACGUGUACAACUCCUUGAAUCCUGGCCCGACGAAGACGACCCUGUCGGAUCAUAUUCCGAGGGUGACUACCAAGUACUCGUCGUCCACCAGGAGCCAAUUCAUCCCAACGAUGGCACCGGUGAACGAAAUCGUAACGACGGCAACGACUCCGACGUCUUACUCGCAUCACACGCCAAAUUCUUUCGUCUAUUUCUCCAAACAUUCGUCCCCGGAGACCUCGUCGACUUCGGCGGAGGAAGCCGUUAAGUCUCAAACUUCGCAGGAAAAUCUAGCUACAUUAUUGAAAAGAGAGGGCCUCUAUGCUAUGGCAAAGUACCUGAGACAGUCGGGAUUGGAUUCCGUGUUGAAUGAAACUGGUCCAUAUACCAUAUUCAUUCCUACGGACAAAGCCUUCAGGACAUUACUGGUGCAGCUGGGAGGACCAGAGAAAGCUGAGCAGAAAUUCCACGACAAUCCGAGACUUCUAAGUGGGCUCCUUCUUCAUCACGUCAUACCGGGAGCCUUCAGAAUAGAUUCUCUGCAGGAUGAGAUGACUGGCGUCAGUCUCGCAGGAACGCAAUUGCGGGUGAACGAGUACGCGAUGCAGGAUCACGAAUGGAACGAUUUAAAAGUAACGACGGUAAACGGGGCGCGUGUCGCGCCCAACAAACGAGACAUCGAGAUUCCUCAAGGUAUCGCCCACGCCGUCGACAGGGUCAUGUUCCCGCUGCCGGUCGGUGAUUUGGUGCAAACCCUGCAAGCCGAUCGUGAGAGGAGGUUCACUACGUUCCUCAGAAUGCUACACGUGUCGGGCUUGGAGGACACGCUUACAGGGCCGAAGACAUUUACCAUCUUCGCACCGACCGAUUCUGCUUUCACCGAUGCGUCCACAAAGAACGGUGUCCCAAUUUGGACCGAUGAGGAUGGGCCGGAAGCGGCGAAGGCGAUAAUUUCGCGGCACGUCAUUCCCACGACUCUUUAUACGGCCGGAAUGAGAUAUUACAUUCAAAAAGAUACCCUUCGCCCACAGUCGCCAAUUCAUAUCCACAAAAACGGCGGACGAGUACGAAUAAACGAAGCACAUGUCGUAACACAUAAUGUACCAGCAACAAACGGUGUGUUACAUGCUAUUGACGGUGUUCUAUAAAACGAUAGUUCGUAAUGAAUGCAAAUUGACGAUUUAAGAUGCACAAGUUGCAAUCAUGCAGGUGAUAAUCGUUUGAUAAUUUAUAACAUUAAACGAAUCGUAUUUAUAAUUUCUUAAAUACUCAAGAGCUCGAUAUAUCAAGUGAAUGUAAAUUACUUGCGUAAAUGCGGCGAAAUGCGUGGCGAUUAAGUCGAAUUGUAUAUCAAAGUAAUUACAAAUUCUAUAAACAAAUCAUUGCACCGCGCGAUUAGAUUCAAUCACCGACAAAUUGAAAUGUUAUGCCAUAGGUGUCGCGAAAUCAGAGGAAAAAGUAACGAGACCAUUUUAACGUAUGUGUAUACAUAUUAAUUUAUAUAAGAUAAGCAAAAAAAAAACCAGAGAUUCAUGUACUCGUGCCAUGAGGCCCAUGAGCACAAGAGUAUGGAAUAUUAAUCACUAUUGUAUAGAAUGGUAACGCAAUACCAUGUUUAGUUCUCAUAUAGCUCAUAUCUUUUUAUAAAUAAAUGUACAGAAU